AUGGGUAGAGAGGAGUGCCAGACUCAAGACAUAGGUUCUGUGGGGAUUGGAGGCCUGGAGUUUGUCUUGUGUUUUCAAGGCAUAAAAAUGGGCCAGUGUGUGAUCUUCAAUGGGACCCACAGGACCUAUGAGAUCUGGGGCAGGUGCCCCAUGGAGAGUGACACUGUGCCUGUGAAGCCCAUGCUGGUCCAGGCUGAGAACUUCACCCUGUUCAUCAAAAUCACUGUCGCUUUCAGCAAGUUCAACUCGCCAAGUGAGUCCAGUGCCUUGGAGACCUGGGAUGCCACCUAUUUCAAGCCCUGCCUCUAUGACCCACGCUUCAGCCCCUACUGCCCUGUGUUCCACAUCGGGGACCUUGUGGCCAUGGCUGGUGGGGUCUUUGAGGACCUGGCAUUGCAGUGGAGCUCCUCCCUGAGCCCUGGGAAUCCAGCCUGA